AUGUCCCCGUCUCCACCUCCAUCAAAUAAAAGACAAAGCGAAACAAAACAACAACAAUCAUUCGUCAAUACACAGUCAUUCGAACAACAAUCAACAUUGACUUCUGCAAAUAAUACUAAUAAGCAAUAUCGUCCUUCACAACAAAGUCAAUCAUUAACUCGUACAAAUGAUUUUCAUCAUGUUCGACAAUAUCCACAGAAAUUAGAAAUUUUUAAACCUUCAAAUACAAUUAAUCAAGAACGUGAAAAACAAACUACUAUAAUACGAAAUUAUGACUAUGAAAUUGAAAAACAACAACGUUCAUUAUCAGAAAAUACAAAACAACAACAUAGAAAUGAUUUCAAUAUUGAACGUGAAUAUGUACGUUGUUUAAAUGAUGUAAAAAAUGAAUAUGAAAAUUUAAAACGAGAAAAAAAACCUUGUGAUAAUCGAAAAACCAAAACUACAUAUGAAACAACAAAGCAAUAUGAAGAUGUUGAAAGAACUUAUCAACGUCAACCAAGAUCUAUAAAUAAAAUUCAAAAUAAUAUUUCAAAUCAAACACAAAUUAAUGAUACUUAUCAACGUUCAUUAUCAGAAACUUUAUUUCAUAAAAAUUUAAAACCAAUUAUAAAAACAGAUUUAACAUUAAGCGACGAAAAUUUAAAAACAAUGGAAUAUUCUCUUCAAUAUCAACAACGUUUAAUAAAACCUAUUCAUAUUCAUUCAUCAAAAAAUUUUAUUCCAGGUGAAACAAGUAUUAAAUAUGUUCGUACUGAUCGUUCACCUGUUGAAGUUAUUCUACCAAAACCUCAAAUCACAAAUAUGCACGAAGAACAUACAUCAGCAAUAGUUAAAGAUGUUCGACGUACAAAUCGUGGAACAAUGACAACUAUUCGUCAACAACCACGACCACGAUCCAUUGAAGGUGAACGUGAAUUACAUAUUUUUCAAAAACCAAUUGAAACAUUACCUAAUAAACAUUCAUCAACAAAUGUUAUUAAAUCAAAAUCAAGUGAUCGUUUUCAUAUACUUGAUACUCAUAAUACAGUAACACAUGAACGUACACUUUCUGGUGAAUAUGAAUUUCGUAGAAUACCUGAAUCAAUCCAAUCAAAUUUGUAUAAUAAAUCAGUUGAUUCAUUAUUUCCUAAAUCAACACAUCAUUCAUCGACAAUAAUUAAACAAAAUCGUAUACCUAAAUCAAGUCUUAUUCUUGGUAAUAUACAAACAAAAUUAAAAGGUGAACAUGAAUUACGUUUAGUUGAUAAACCAAUUCAAUCAGGUUCAAUUAAUAGUGUAGAAUUAGUUGUACCAAAAUCUAUAACAAAAAUACCUGAACAUACAACAACAAUUGUUACUGAAAAACAACCACAUAGACGUGUUUUAGAAAUAACUGGUAGUGGAAAAAAACAAAAAAGUGAACAUGAAACAAAAUAUUUUCAUGAUGCUGUUCGUAUUGAAGAAGAAAUUGAAGUUAAAUUACCAAAAACAAAACUUGAACAAGUUGAACAUUCAGCAACAAUUAUUAAACAUAAUCGUGGUAAAGCACCUAUUAUUGAAAUUGAUACAACACAAAAAAAAAUUGAAGGUGAACAUUUAAUAAAAAUUUUAAACGAACCUAUUGAAACGACAGGUGAUACAAUGCAAUUAUUAAUUGAAAAACCUAAAUUAUCAGCUGACCAUAGUAGGACAAUGAUUAACGAACAGUAUAAAAAACAACAAAUAUUUACUACUGAUCGAACACAAGCAAUGCCUGCUGACCAUGAAACAAAGUAUUAUGAUCGACCUAUUGAAUCACAUGAGAAUAUGGAAGUUUCAUUAUCUCAACAACAACCUAUUCAUGAAAAACCGUUUGUUUAUGAUGAUCAUCUUCAUAAAAUACCUAAUCAACAUUCUUUAACUCAUAUUGAUAGUUCAAAUUAUAAAACUGAUCAAGAACUUGAAUUAAUAUCAUCAAAACAACCAAAAAGAGGGUUCGUUGAUUAUUAUAAAUCAGCUAAUGACCAUAAUGAAAUAUUAGUUUCAUCAACUAUCAAUGAAGAAACAACAAUUGGUGAACAUAAAACAACAUAUCUUAAACAAACACGUCCUAAAUACGGACCCGUGGAAUUAGUUGUCGAUCGACCAACAAUAUUACCAAGUAUAUCAAAAUUAAUAACUGAUAUUCCAGCAUUACCACAAAUAACAUCAAUAAAAUCAACAGAAACUCAUUUCUCCGAAGAUAAUUCAAUAGAAUUUAAUAACAAUCAAAAAUCUUAUGAACAAUAUGAUGAAAAGAACAUUACUAAUGAAAAAUCAUCUAUACACGAUAGGUCAAAAACAUUAUUAACUAAUAUUCAACCAUCAAAACCUACUCCUUAUCUACAACAACCAAUUGAAGAUUCAAGUACAAGUUUAACAAUGGAAUUAAAUCGAAAUCAACAAAUAGAACCAUUUGAAUUAAUUAUACCACGUAUUGAUAUGGAAUCUUCAACAAGUACAAUUCUAGCUGAUGUAUCACCAAUAAUAGCUGGUUUACUUGCUAAAAUAGAUAUACCAUCAAAUAUUGAAAAAAUAACAUCAAGUUAUUCAUUUGAACAAACAACACCUUUAACUAAUGAAAUUGAAUUAAUUAUGCCCAAGCCAAGACAUAUUGAAACAAGUACAUCAACAAUAAUAGCUGAUGUACAAGCUAAACUUGAAACAAAACAUAUACGUCCAAAUGAAAUUCAACCUGAAACAUCAACAACAACAUAUUAUUUUGAUAAAACAAAUGAUACAAUUAUGCCAGAACCGGUUGAAUUACGUAUGAAACAACCAAUUAUUGAUGAUAGUUCAGCAGUAGUUAUUGCUAAAGUUACACCAACAUUAGAUACAAAAUCAAUUAAACUACAUACGAAUUUAAAUGAAUUAUUAAGACAUAUUUUAUUAGAAACAAAUUUUCAACAAAAUCAAUUAAGUGAUAUUGAGUCUAUUCUUUCUCGUUUGCAAACCCAAGAGAGUACAUCUAUCACAUUAGCUGAUAUUCAACCAAUAUAUAAUACAUCACAAAAACAUAUUAUUAUUGCACCACCCCUUGAAAACCCUUUAGAAUCGAGUAGUCAAUUUAUUUUAGAAGAAAAUAAUCGAGAAACAGAAGCAGUAGAAUUAAAUUCACAUCAACAACCGAGUUCACAUACACCUUUGGCUAAAUUAGAUGAUACACCUAGAGAAAACGAAGUAAUGUAUGUUUUAGGUUUUGAUAAUCAACAACAACAACAACAAUAUGCUCCAUCAACAAUUCUUGCUAAUUUAAAUAAACCAGUUGAAUUUGUAUUUAAUAUUGAAAAUGGUAAUGCACCAGGAAUAUCUCAACAAUAUCGACAAGAUUAUACUACAAGAAUGGUAACAAAUACUAUGGAUGGAAUUAGUAAUGGUUCAACAUCAACGACAGAAAUUGUACCAACUCAAUUUAAACCAUUUGAAUUUGUUAUACCAGGCGGUUUAACUGGAUAUAAUAAUACAGUUGAACAAUAUACAACUGGUGGUGAUGGUAGUUAUACAACAACAACAACAACAACAAAACGAAUAAUUACAUCAGCAGAUAAACCUGGAUAUGAAACAAUAAAUCGAUCAGUUGUACGUGGUAUAAGACCAUUUGAUCAAGUUGAUUUAGUUUUACAACCUGAUGCUUCAACAUCAUCAACAUCAUCAAAAAUUUUAACAACAAGUGUUGGUUUAGAUUCAAAUCAUGCACCAUAUUUUGUUCUUUCAUUACAUGAUCAAACAGCAAAAGAAGGUGAAUCGGUUCUUUUUGAAGUUAUUGUCUCUGCUCAACCAUCAGCUGAACUUGUUUGGGAUAAAGAUGGUACAUUAAUCGGAGAUGAUUCAGCAUUUCGUAUUGAUUAUUAUGGUGAUGGUCGUGCAACACUUUAUAUUCCUGAAGCAUUUUUUGAUGAUCAAGGUUAUUAUACAUGUACUGCAACAAAUUCAUUCGGUACAUGUCGUACAACAGCACAUCUUACAAUGGAUUCAAAUAAUGAUGGUUCACCACCAAAACGUCGUCCUAUAAAUGAUUCAUCAAUUGUUUAUUAUGAACAAGGACCAACACAAGUAUUAAGAUCAUAUCAAGUUUAUUCACAACCAUCAACAACAAUAACAGAAGUUACAGAACAAACACAAGUUUAUGAAGUACCAGGUCAACAACAACAAAGUCAAAUAACAUAUACAAUUGAAGGUACACAACCAAAAUUUCAACCAGUUUCAUUUCUAGUUUCAAGUAAUCAAGAAAAUCAACAACCAACAACAACAACAACAAGAAUUACAACUGAUGAAGAAAAUCAAUCAAUGAUGAUUAGUCCAUAUCAAAAUUUUAGUAGUCAAUUACGUACUCGACCUAAUCAAAGUGUUUUAUCACCGUAUGGAGAUGAAACUAGAACAACAACAACAACUACUACGACUAGAUAUUCUCAACAACAAAAACAACAACAACCGCGUAGUACAGGUCUUAUUGCAACUAUGGCUAAACAACCAGGUCCAACAAUUUCUCAUUAUCAACAAUCUUAUUUUCAAGAACCUGAGGAUAUGCAAACAGAAUCAGAAACAUCAACAGUACAUGUUAUGCGUUCAGCACAACAACAACCUACUACAACUUCAUAUUUUACUUCACGACCUACGUUUACAAAGCCUUUGGAACCUAUUGAUGCACUUGAAGGUGGAACCAUCCAAAUAACAGUGCAUUUAAGUUCUGCUGGUCCUCAUCAAACUCGACCACAGAUUCAAUGGUAUCAUCAUGCUCAACCAAUUGUAUCAGAUGAUAUACAUUAUCGUAUAAUCGAAGGAUAUGAAACAUCAACAUUAGAAAUAAUUAAUAUUACACGUGGUGAUAGUGGUCAAGUAUGGUGUGUUGCUAAUACUCCAGCUGGAUCAGCAACUACAACAUGUACUAUUAAUGUUGAAGAAAAUCCUGUUCGAACUUAUCAUCAUAUAGUACCCUCACAACACGUAGUACCACAAGAAACAACUUAUGGAGUUCAAUCGACUCAUUUAACUCAUGCUCAAAUUCCUCUUCAUCAUCAACAACAAGAACAAAAAGUACCAACUCAAUAUUAUAGCACACAAACAAUAACUCAACAACAAAUUUCUCCCCAAUCGUUUACAACACAAUCACAUAUUACUUUUCCAUCUCAACAAAUACCUUCUGAAUCAUAUGUUACAAAACAAUCUUCUAUUCAAUUACAACAAGUACCAUCUCAUACUGUAACGCCUCAACAACAACAACCAGUAUCACCUCAACCAACAGUUCCUCAACCUCCACCACUCUUACCUAAUUUUAGUAUUCGACCAGCUUAUUCAGAUCAACAAAUUAAAAUAUUAAAUAAUGGUUUACAAGAUCAACCAUUAUAUUCAGGAGGUGAAACUAUUUUCGAAUGUCAAUUUACUGGACAACCUGAAAAAAUACAAUGGUUUCAUAAUGAAAUUGAAAUUAUUUAUAAUCCUCAACAAGUAUAUAAUAGAGUUUAUCAUAUAACUAAUACAACUAAUGGAACAACUCGACUGAUUAUAAGAUCGACAUUAGAGGAAGAUAUUGGAACAUAUUCAGUUAAACUUACUGGACCAAAUGGACAAGAAAUAUCAACUGCAAAGCUUAUACCAGCUUGUAAAAUUCUAUUUAUUUUAUUUAAAAAAGUUGAACAAACACAACGAAAAGCACUUGUUCAAGAACUUGAAGAAAAACAAGUAAAACGUAUGCGACCAUCACAACCAAUAUUACAGCGUGGUAAUUUUCCAUCAUAUGGCACAAGUGAUGAUGAUGUUUUCAUGGAAACAACUCAACGCACUUCUGCUCUACAUCGACAACCAACAGCACCAACAAUUAAAACUCCUUUAAAAGAUUCAAUUGUAAAAGAAGGUCAACCAAUUCAAAUAACAUGUCAAAUUCAAGGUUUUCCGAAAUCUGAGCUUUUCUGGUUUAAAAAUAAUGUUCCAUUACCACUAUCAGCACGACAUAAAAUUGCUUACGAUGCUGGCAGUGGUACAAUUACAUUACGUAUUAAUGAAUCACGACCAGAAGAUAGUGGCGUUUAUACAGUCAUUGCAAAAAAUCCUCAAGGUCAUGUGCAAACAACUGCUCAUAUUGAUGUUCAAGAAACACCAACUGUUGAUGAAACAUCUUAUGUUGGACCCGAUGCAUUUAAAUAUAUUGAAAAACAACCCGUAACAUCUCGUCCACAAAAACCACGACGAGAAUCGGAUACAUCAAAUUUACAACAAAAACCAGCAAAAAUUCUUCGAACACCAAUGAGUACAUCGGUUUUUGAAGGUGCUGUUGCACAAUUUACUUGUCAAGUUGAAGGCAGUCCUAAACCAAAAGUUUCUUGGUUAAAAGAUAAUAAACCAUUAAUGGCUGGAACACGUUUUACAACAUAUUUUGAUCAAACAACUAAAACAGCUGUCUUACGUAUAAAUGAUGUUUGCAAAGAAGAUCAAGGAUAUUAUACAUGUAUUGUUGAUAAUCCAUUAAAUUCGGAUCGUAGUACAGCUACAUUACAAGUUGUUCCAGAAGUAAAAGUCGAUCAAAGAUCAUAUGUGGAAACAGAUGCAUUCAAAUAUUUAUCACAAGAAAAUAAACAACGUCUUACAUCUACGAAAGAUGUUGAUCGAAGCACAAGUGGUGUUGAAACUGAAUCAUUUGUCAAUCCAGAAUCAUUUCGUUACUUGGAAGCUAAAAGACCUAUAAAAGAAGUUGAUGAUAAUAUAGCAAUUGAUGAUCGACCAAUUGUUGAUCUUGAAGCAAUUCGUUAUUUAGAAGCUCGGCAAGCUUCAAAAGUAAAAAAAGAUACUGAUGUUCGAGCAUCUAUUGAUGAUACACCAAUCAUAGCACCAGAUGCAUUUCGAUAUCUAGAACGAAAAGUUGACGCAGCUAAAGUAAAAAAAGAUCAAGAUAUAGGUCCAUUAAUUGAUGAAACACCACAAGUUGAUUUAACAGCAUUUCAAUAUUUGGAACGAAAAGCAAUACCAAAAAAAGUUGAAGAAUCAGGACCUAAAAUUGAUGAAUCAUCUAUUGUUAAUCCUGAAGCAUUUAAAUAUUUAGAACGUAAACCACUAAAAAAAGUUGAAGAUGUUGGUCCAUUAAUUGAUGAAACACCAAUUGUUAAUCCGGAUGCAUUUCGUUAUUUAGAACGACAAGCUAUACCACAAGUACGUGAUACAGCACCAGCAGUUGAUACAACACCAUUAGUUAAUCCUGAAGUAUUCAAAUAUUUGGAAAGACCGGAACCUCAUCGAGUUGAUGAAGGUCCAUCAAUUGAUACUCGACCAAUUGUACCACAAGAAGCAUUUCGUUGGCUUGAUCGUCCAAAACCUGUUGAACGUAUGCCAGAAGGACCAGUCGUUGAUGAAAGUUCAUAUGUUAAUCUACAAGCAUUUCGUUAUGUUGAAGCAAAACCAAAACAAAAAGUUGUUGAUGAAGGACCAAAAGUUGAUGAAAGUUCAUAUGUUAGUCCACAAGCUUUUCGAUAUUUAGAAGCACCAGCAACAAAAAAAACUGUUGAUGUAGGACCUGUUAUUGAUACAUCAACAUAUGUUAAUCCAGAAUUAUUCGUACAGUUUGACCUCAAACCUGCUCCUCAAAAACCAUCCGAUGAUCGAGAAAUCAAACGAGCACCAAGAGUUAUUCAGUCAUUAAGAAAUACACAAGCUAAUGAAGGAAAACCUAUUGCAUUAGUUGCUAUUGUUGAUGGUUAUCCUGUACCACAGUUAACAUGGCUUAAAGAUAGUGCUGAAUUACCGGCAUCAACUCGUGUAACAACAAAUUAUGAUAUUCCAUCAAAAACUGCAUGGAUUCGUAUUGAUAGUGCUCGACCGGAUGACACUGCUGUCUAUACAUUAAUAGCUCAUAAUCCAGCUGGUGAAGUACGAAGUGAUGCUCGUCUUAAUGUUGUUCCUAGUAUGACACCAAUUGAUGAUACAGCAUUUGUACCAGCUGAAGCAUUUGCAAAAAUUGAACGAGCAACAGCACAACGUCCGAAGAUUCCUGAAACAACAGGUGUUGAUGAUACAUCAUUUGUUAAUGCAGAAUUAUUUCAACAAUUUGAAGUAUCUCUUAAACGACCUGCAGAAAAAUUUACUGAUGAAGUUGUUAUUCAAAUACCAGCACGUAUAGUAGCACCAUUAAAAUCUAUUCAAGCACCGGAUAGUGUUACCGUCGUCUUAGAAGCUAUUGUUGAAGGUAGUCCAAUACCAACAUUUACAUGGUUAAAAGAUCAAUUACCAUUAAGUGAAAGUAAUCGUUUCGUAACAAAUUAUGAUUUACCUAGUAAACGUGUUACAUUAACAAUAAAAGAUGUACGUGAAAGUGACACAGGUAUAUAUACAUUAUUAGUAUCAAAUGGUCCACAACUUCAUCAUUCAUCAGCUACAUUACAUAUUAUUGGUGCACCUUCAAUCGAUCAAUCAUCAUUUAUACCAAUGGAUGUUUUUAAACAAUUAGAACAUCCACAAACUCAACAAAGACAAAUAAUUGUUCAGGCUGGUGUUGAUCUAACAUCAUAUGUUUCUCAACCAGAUCGUUUUGCUGUAUUUGAUCAAAUACAACCACAUAAACGACCAUUAAAUGAAUUUGGUGGUGUUGAUGAAACACCACUUAUUAAUAUGGAAAAAAUACGUUUAUUAGAAAUUCCAUCAAAUCAAGCAAAACAACCAUAUGAUAUUGAGGAAAAAGUACAAGCACCAAAUGUCUUAACACCACUUCAACCAAUUAAUGCUCAAGAAGGUAGUCCUGUUGUUUUAACAGCAAAAAUUAAUGGUACUCCAAUGCCAAAUUUUACAUGGUUUAAAGAUGAUGCACCAUUAGUUGCUUCAUCUCGUUUUACAACUUAUUAUGAUAUUCCAUCAAAAUUAAUUAUAUUACAAAUAAAUGAUGCUCGUCCAAAUGAUACAGGUAUUUAUACCGUACGAGCUGAUAAUAAAUCCGGUACUGUUACAACAUCAGCUACGCUUCAUAUAUCAAUUUUACCAUCAGUACGUGAUCAAUCAUUUAUUUCAACUGAUGUAUUUCAACGUCUUGAACAAGGAAAUCAACCACGUUUUAUUGAAGAAAUUAGUGGUGUUGAUGAACGUCCACUUGUUGAUUUAACUAGAUUACAAAAAUUAGAAAUUAAACCAAGUAAAUUUAUUGAAGAAGAACAACCAACUGAACAAUUUAGACCAAGUAUUCUUAUACCAUUACGUAAUGUUCAUGCUGUUGAAAAUCAACCAGUUGUUUUAUCCGCACAAAUACAAGGUAAACCACAACCACAAUUCGUAUGGUUUAAAAAUAAUCAACCAUUAUCCGAAGGAAAUCGUUUUCGUACACAUUAUGAUAUACCAUCAAAAACAAUAUUUCUUACAAUUGCUGGUGCACGUGAAGAUGAUUCUGGUAUAUAUCGUUUAAUAGCACAAAAUCCAUCUGGACAAGAUGAAACAUCAUGUGAAGUUCAUGUUGAUAUAAAUCAACCAAUUAUUGAUCAACGUUCAUUUGUACCACAAACAGCAUUUGAUAAAUUAGAAAAACCUAUAUUAAAAACAGAUACUAUAAUAAGUGGUGUUGAUCAAACAAGUUUUUUUAAUCAAGAAUUAUUUCGUCCAUUUGAUGAACAACCAAUUAAACAUCCAUCAGCUAUUGUUGGAGGUGAAGAUAGUGAUGCUGUUAUGCCAAUAUCAGCACCUAAAAUAUGUACACCACUUCGUCCAAUAACAACAACUGAAGGUAAUACAGUUUUAUUAACAACACAAGUUGAAGGUUAUCCAUUACCACAAUUUACUUGGUUUCUUAAUAAUCAACCAUUAAUGGCAUCAAAUCGUGUUACAUCACAUUAUGAUAUGUUAACAAAACGUUGUUUUCUACAAAUAUUUGAUAGUCGUCCAAAUGAUACUGGUAUAUAUGAAUUAAUUGCUGAAAAUCCAGCUGGUCAAGAUCGUACGAGAACAGAAUUAACAAUUGUACCUGUAUCUAAAAUUGAUCAAACAGGUUAUGUACCAUAUGAUAAAUUUUCAACAUUAGAAUUUAAACCACGUAUACCAAGUGAUCUUCGUUCAGGUGUUGAUGCAACACCAUUUGUUAGUGGAGAAAUAUUUCGUUUAUUAGAAGCUAAACCUAUUAAUGAACACAUUGCACCUGAAGAUGAACAAAUUUUACCAUUAGAGGUUCUUGUACCAUUAAAAUUAGCUGUUGCACAAGAAGGACAGCCAGUUAUAUUAACAACAAAAAUACGUGGAAGACCAGUACCACAAUUUACUUGGCUUCGUAAUAAUCAACCAUUGUUAGAAUCAAAUCGUUUUCAAACACAUUAUGAUUUUCCAUCGGAAACACUUGUAUUAGAAAUUAGUGAUAUAUGGCCACAUGAUGCAGGAACCUAUACAGUGAUUGCUCACAAUCCGAAAACAGGUGAACGAGCUCAAACAUCAGCUCCAUUAAUCGUACGCAGUGAUGCAACACCUGUUGAUUAUACAGCAUUUGUAGCACCAGAUGCAUUUCGAACAUUAGAAGCAGGACCAAAUUUACGUACAGUUUUUGUCGAACCAGGUGUUGAUACACAUAGUUUUCUUGCUCCUGAUGUUUUAAAAACAUUAGAUCAAGUUAAACCAAAACCAAUGGAAGUAGACGAAAAGGAGCAACCACGUAUAGCACCCAAAGUUAUUGUUCCUUUACAGCCAAUUCAAUGUAGUGAAGGACAACCAAUUAAUUUUAUAGCUAAAGUGGAAGGAAAUCCACACCCAGUGUUUACAUGGUUUAAAAAUAAACAACCACUUCAAGAAUCAAAUCGAUUUUGGUCACAUUAUGAUGUACCAACAAAAACAGUUCUUCUACAAAUUAAUGGUGCCCGACCAGAUGAUACUGGUACAUAUUUUCUUGUUGCUAAAAAUCCACUUGGCCAAGACCAAACACAAACAACCGUCAAUGUGACAUUUGGUCCAGCUAUUGAUACAAAUGCAUUUGUUUCACCAGAAAAAUUUGCUGCAUUUGAUAUACCCUAUAGACGGCAUGUUCCAUUACAAGCAGGUGUUGAUACAACUCCAUUUGUACAACCAGAACGUUUUACACAAUUAGAACUUAAAGCACCAGCUCCGACAAAAGAGGAUAUGGAACAUAUGGAAGCACCGAAAAUUAUUACACCUUUACAAAGUGUACAAGUUAAUGAAGGAACACAUGCUCUUCUUCAAGCAACAAUUGUUGGAACACCAAGACCUAAUUUUGUUUGGUUGAAAGAUAAUAAACCAUUGGUAGCAUCAAAUCGUCUUCGUACUCGAUAUGAUAUUGGCACUAAACAAGUUUUAUUACAAAUUAAUGAUGUUCGCCCACAUGAUAUUGGUGAAUACGUAGUCCUUGCAACAAAUCCUGCUGGUGAAGAUUCAACAAUAUGCUCGUUAAGUGUUGUGCCAGAUAAAACACGUGUUGAUGAACGAGCUUUUGUUCCACAAGAUAAAUUCCGUAAUUUGGAAGCUCCUGAAGGAAAAGGACGACGACCAUUAGAAAUCAUCCCUGGUGUUGAUGUUCAACCAUUUGUUUCACCAGAAAAAUUCCGUAAAUUGGAUCAUGUUGAACCAUCGGAAAGACCCGAAACAGAAUUACAAGAACCUAAACGAGCACCACGUGUCCUUGCACCAUUAAGUAAUUGUAAUCUAGAAGAACUCAUGCCUGUACUACUUACAACAACGAUUGACGCUGGAAUGCCAAUGGCUACAUUUACUUGGUAUAAAAAUAGUCAACCACUUCUUGAAGGCAAUCGAUUCACCACUAAAUAUGACAUUUAUACAAAAACUUUAACAUUACAAGUACUUGCUGCACGACCUGAUGAUCAAGGAACUUAUACAGUUCGAGUAACAAAUCCAACUGGUACUGAUGAAACAACAUGUAAACUAACAAUUCGACCAGUAGCAUCGAUUGAUACACGACCAUUUGUACAACCGGAACGUUUUACACAAUUGGAACUUAAAGCUCCAGCUCCAACAAAAGAAGAUAUGAAACAAAUGGAAGCGCCAAAAGUUAUUGUGCCUUUACAAAGUUUACAAGCUAAUGAAGGAUCACCUGUUCUUCUUCAAGCAACGAUUAUUGGAAAACCAAGACCUAAUUUUGUUUGGUUGAAAGAUAAUAAACCAUUGGUAGCAUCAAAUCGUCUUCGUACUCGAUAUGAUAUUGCUACAAAACAAGUUUUAUUACAAAUUAAUGAUGUUCGCCCACAAGAUAUUGGUGAAUACGUAGUCCUUGCAACAAAUCCUGCUGGUGAAGAGUCAACAAUAUGUUCAUUAAACGUUCUACCAGAUAAACCAGGUGUUGAUGAUCGAGCCUUUGUACCACAAGAUAAAUUCCGUAAUUUGGAAUAUCCAGAAGGCAAAGGACGACGACCAUUAGAAAUCAUUCCUGGUGUUGAUGUUCAACCAUUUGUUUCACCAGAGAAGUUUCGUAAAUUGGAUCAUGUUGAAGCAGUGGAAAGACCGGAGAGAGAGUUGCAAGAACCUAAACGAGCACCACGUGUCCUUGCACCAUUAAGUAAUUAUGAUAUAGAAGAACUUUUUCCUGUACUACUUACAACUACAAUUGAUGCUGGUGUCCCAAUGGCUACAUUCACUUGGUAUAAAAAUGGUCAACCACUUCUUGAAGGCAAUCGAUUUACUACUAAAUAUGACAUUUAUACAAAAACAUUAACCUUACAAGUACUUGCUGCACGACCUGAUGAUCAAGGAACUUAUACAGUUCGUGUAACAAAUCCAUCUGGUACUGAUGAAACAACAUGCAAACUAACAAUUCGACCAGUUGCUUCAAUUGAUACACGACCAUUUAUACAACCAGAAUAUUUUACACAAUUGGAACUUAAAGCUCCACCUCCAACAAAAGAAGAUAUGAAACAAAUGGAAGCACCAAAAGUUGUCCUACCAUUGAAAAGUGUACAAGUUAAUGAAGGAUCACCUAUUCUUCUUCAAGCUAAAAUUGUUGGAAAACCUACACCUAAUUUUAUUUGGUUGAAAGAUAAUAAACCAUUGGCUGCAUCAAAUCGUCUUCGUACACGUUAUGAUAUUGGCACUAAACAAGUUUUAUUACAAAUCGAUGAUGUUCGUCCACAUGAUAUCGGCGAAUACGUUGUUAUUGCAACAAAUCCUGCUGGUGAAGAUUCAACAAUAUGUUCAUUAAGUGUUCUACCGGAUAAAACACGUGUUGAUGAUCGAGCUUUUAUUCCACAAGAUAAAUUCCGUAGCUUGGACGCUCCUGAAGGAAAAGGACGACGACCAUUAGAAAUCAUCCCUGGUGUUGAUGUUCAACCAUUUGUUUCACCAGAGAAGUUCCGUAAAUUGGAUCAUGUUGAACCAUCGGAAAGACCCGAAAGAGAAUUACAAGAACCAAAACGAGCACCACGUGUCAUUUCACCAUUAAGUAAUUGUGACCUAGAAGAACUUAUGCCUGUAUUACUUACAACUACAAUUGAUGCUGGUGUUCCAAUGGCUUCGUUCACAUGGUACAAAAAUAAUAAACCACUUCUUGAAGGCAAUCGAUUUACUACUAAAUAUGACAUUCUUACAAAAGUAUUAACAUUACAAGUACUCGCUGCUCGUCCUGAUGAUCAAGGAACUUAUACAGUUCGUGCAACAAAUCCAUCUGGUAGUGAUGAAGCAACAUGUAAACUAACAAUUCGACCAGUGGCCUCAAUUGAUACACGACCAUUCGUACAACCAGAACGUUUUGCACAGUUAGAACUUCAAGCUCCAGCUCCAACAAAAGAAGAUAUGGAACACAUGGAAGCACCAAAAGUUAUUGUACCUUUGAAACCUGUACAAGUCCAUGAAGGAGCACCUGUUCUUCUUCAAGCUAAAAUUGUUGGAAAACCUACACCUAAUUUUGUUUGGUUGAAAGAUAAUGCACCAUUGGCAGCAUCGAAUCGUCUUCGUACACGUUAUGAUAUUGGCACGAAACAAGUUUUAUUACAAAUCGAUGAUGUUCGUCCACAUGAUACGGGUGAAUAUCAUGUCAUUGCAACAAAUCCGGUUGGUGAAGAUUCAACAAUAUGUGCAGUAAAUGUUGUACCGGAUAAGCCAGGUGUUGAUGACCGGGCUUUUGUUCCACAAGAUAAGUUCCGUAAUUUGGAUGCUCCUGAAGGAAAAGGACGACGACCAUUGGAAAUUAUCCCUGGUGUUGAUAUUCAACCAUUUGUUCCACCAGAGAAGUUCCGUAAAUUGGAUCAUGUUGAACCAGUGGAGAGACCGGAAAGAGAAUCAUUGGAACCAAAACGACCACCACGUGUCAUUGCUCCAUUAAAUAAUUGUGAGCUAGAAGAACUUUUCCCUGUACUACUUACAACUACAAUUGAUGCUGGCGUCCCAAUGGCUUCAUCAGAGACGGAAAAAGGCAUCUCUCUGACAAUUCCAUAUGANGGUGUUGUACCUGAUAAAACACGUGUUGAUGAUCGACCUUUUGUACCAGCAGAUAAGUUCCGUAGCUUGGAAGCUCCUGAAGGAAAAGGACCACGACCAUUAGAAAUAGUACCUGGUGUUGAUAUUCAACCAUUUGUUUCACCAGAUAAAUUCAGAAAACUGGAUCAUGUUGAACCAUCGGCAAAAGAAAUCGAAGAAGUACCAGAACCAAAACGACCACCACGUGUCAUUGUACCAUUAGUUAAUUGUGAACUGGAAGAACUCAUGCCUGUGAUACUAACAACGACAAUUGAUGCUGGUGUCCCAAUGGCUACAUUUACAUGGUACAAAAAUAAUAAACCACUUCUUGAAGGCAAUCGAUUUACUACUAAAUAUGACAUUUUAACAAAAGUAUUAACAUUACAAAUUCUUACAACUCGUCCUGAUGAUCAAGGAACCUAUACAGUUCGUGCAACGAAUCCAUCUGGUAGUGAUGAAACAACAUGUAAAUUAACAAUUCGACCAGUAGCCUCAAUUGACACACGACCAUUCGUAGAACCGGAACGUUUUGCACAACUGGAACUUCAAGCUCCACCUCCAACGAAAGAAGACAUGGACCACAUGGAACCACCAAAAGUAAUUGUACCAUUAAAGAGUUUACGAGUUAAGGAAGGAUCACCUGUUCUCCUUCAAGCAACUAUUACUGGAAAACCAAGACCUACUUUCGUUUGGUUGAAAGAUAAUGGACCAUUGGCAGCAUCAAAUCGUCUUCGCACACGUUAUGAUAUUCCGACAAAACAAGUUUUAUUACAAAUUGAUGAUAUUCGACCACACGAUAUUGGUGAUUAUCGUGUCAUUGCAACAAAUCCAGCUGGUGAAGAUUCAACAUUAUGUUCGUUAAGUAUUUUACCUGAUAAACUAGGUGUUGAUGAACGACCUUUUGUACCAGCAGAUAAGUUCCGUGAUUUGGAACAUCCAGAAGGAAAAGGACGACGACCAUUAGAAAUCAUCCCUGGUGUUGAUAUUCAACCAUUUGUUCCACCAGAGAAAUUCCGUAAAUUAGAUCACGUUCCACCAAUGACAAGACCCGAAGAAGGAGAAACUCCAGAAGCAAUGCGACCACCACGUGUUAUUGUACCAUUAAAUGAUUGUGUAUUAGAAGAAUUAAUGCCUGUCAUACUUACAGCUAUAAUCGAUGCUGGAGUACCAAUGGCAUCAUUUACCUGGCAUAAAAAUGGUCAACCACUUUUUGAAGGUAAUCGAUUUACUACAAAAUAUGAUAUUGUAAAUCGAACAAUAACAUUGCAAAUUCUUACUUCACGUCCUGAUGAUCAAGGUACUUAUACAGUUCGUGCAGUAAAUCCAGUUGGUAGUGAUGAAACAUCAUGUAAAUUAACAAUUCGACCAGUAGCAUCAAUUGAUACACGACCAUUUGUUGAUGCUGAACAUUUCCGUCCGUUAGAACAUCGACCUGCAAUAACUGACAAUAUUGAAGAUGAAAGUCAAUUACUUCGUCCACCAAAAGUUCUUGUACCGAUGAAUAAUGUUCGUUUAACAGAAUUUGAACCAAUUGUAUUGAAAAGUAUUAUUGAUGCCGGUUAUCCAAUGGGUAGAUUUACAUGGCUUAAAGAUAAUCGUCCAUUAGCUGAAUCAAAUCGAUAUCGUGCUAAUUUUGAUAUUAAUACACGUACUGCUAUAUUAAUUAUUGAUAAUGCGCGUCCAACAACUGAUACAGGACGAUAUACAGUACAUGUUGAAAAUAUUGUUGGUAAAGAUCAAACAACUGGUGAAGUACAUGUUGAAGGUACACCAUCAAUUGAUGAACGACCAUUUGUUGAACCAAGUAAAUUCGGUAAAUUUGACGCACCAUUACGUGUACCAGGUUUUAGUCCUCGUGGACCAAUUCUUCAACCUGAUGAUUCAUUAAGAAAUCGUGAAAAUCUUUCACCAUGGAUACGAUUAGUUAAAGAACUUGAAGAUCAAAUAAUUGAUGAAACAAAAGUUGUACAACUUAUUUGUGCUGUUGAUGCAUAUCCAGCAGCAACUAUAAGUUGGCUUAAAGAUGAUCAACCACUUGUUGUAUCUCAACGUUUUAUGCCUGAUUAUGAUACUAAAACAGGUAUUGUUCGUUUAACUAUAUAUCCUGUUUAUGCAGCAGAUUCUGGUCGAUAUAAAAUGGUUGCACGAAAUAUUGCUGGUGAAGUUUCAACAAAAUGUAUAUUACGUAUUCAACCAACAGCUAAUAUCGAAGAUCAUCCACUUGCUAAAUUUGCUGGACUUCGAAAAACACCACAACAACCAUCUGGUCUGGAAUCUACACAUAAACCAACUGAUUUAACUGAUGGGCAAAAACCAUAUUUCAUUAAAAUUCCUGUUGAUCAAGAAGUACCAGAAGGACAAUUAGUACGUUUAGAUUAUAUACCAGCUGGACGUCCUGAACCUACUUUAUCAUGGUAUCGUAAUGAUAAACCAUUACAACCAGAUGAUGCUGAUCAUCGUGAUGUUGUUAAUGAAGGUGUUGUUUAUUCACUGCUUAUACGUAAUCCACAAUUAGGACCACCUGUUCAAUAUACAUGUGUAGCUAGAAAUAAGUAUGGUGAAGCAUCAUUUACUGUUAAUCUGAAUGUUGUUGAACGUGGUGCAAAUAUUGCUCCUUAUUUUAUUGAACAACUUUAUCAUAUAAUUAUUCUUGAAGGUCAAGAUACACGUUUAGAUGCUUGUGCACUUGGCUUUCCUGAACCAAAAGUUACUUGGGAGAAGGAGAAUCGUCCUCUUACUCCUAAUAAAGAAUACAAAGUUGAAUUCGAAGGAGCUAAAACUACAUUAUAUAUACGUGAAGCUAAAUUGACCGAUGCUGGUUGGUAUCAAUGUACAGCAACUAGUAUUGCUGGAACAGCUAUUACAAAAUGCAAAGUGACUGUUAUUCCAUUAUUCGAAGCUGGUCAAUAUGUUAAAGACUUACCACAACUUGGACCUGAAAGUCUUGCUAGAUUACCAACAUUACCGGACGAAGAUAUUCGAUCGAAAUACAUGACUGUUCCAAUUAAACCACCUGACGUUAAACCUGAAGAUUUAUAUAAAUUACCAAGACGUAUUAAAAGACCGGAUUAUCCUGAUGAAGAGGGCAAGAGACGUGGUGGUGGAGUAUUACCUGAUGAAGUUUUAGCAGCACUUCAAAUGAAUUUAGAAGAAUUUCCUGAAGAAGAAAUGUAUAGUAAAGAUCGUCCACAACCACCGAAAUUCAAAGUUCACAUUAAAUCUCAAUUAAACUUAAAUGAAGAUGAUCCAUGUUCAUUUGAAGCUAAAUUAAUACCUGUACGAGAUCCAAUGAUGCGUGUACAAUGGUUUAAAAAUGGAAAAAUUCUUCAUCAUGCAUCAAGAAUGAUUCCUCGAUAUGAUUUUGCUGAUGUCUCACUUGAAUUUCUUUGGACAUUUGCUGAAGAUGAUGGAAUCUAUGAAUGUGUUGCAACAAAUCCAUAUGGUGAAGAUCGUACACGUGCUGAAUUAAAAUGUCGUCCUAAACGAUCUAUUAUUUAUAAUACACAAUUACCAGAAGGUAUGGAAGGUGUAUCAAAAUUACAAAUGUUAGAAGAUGAAAUAAGAUAUACAGCAAGUAUGAUUGGAUUAGAAGAAAAAGUUCAAGACAAAGAACCAAAAGUACCUGAAUUUAUUAUGCCAUUAGAAGAUGUAUCUGUUGAUGAAGGUGAUAAUGCGAAAUUUAUUGCUAAAGUUGAUGGACAUCCACGUCCAAGAGUAACAUGGACAAUUAAUAAUGCUGAUAUUGCAAAUGGAAGUCGAUAUAAAUUAGUUUAUGAUGGUCUUGUUCAUUAUCUUGAUAUACCAAGAACAAGACAAUAUGAUGCUGGAACAGUUUGUUGUAUAGCGAAAAAUGCUCUUGGUCAAACUGAAAGUGUUGCUACACUUACUUUAAGACCUCGACUAGAUUAUCGUUCUGCUCUAUCGAAAACACCAGGUGGUAUUGAAACUGGUUUAGAUGAUUCAUUUGAUGUUGAUAUUGAAGAACGAUUAAGAUUACGUUCACAACUUCGACAAAGAGAAUCAGUCGACGAACGAGUACGUCGUCCAUCAAGUGAUAAACUAUAUCCAUUACAUUCAAAAGCUGCUGAUCGUAUGGCAUGGCGUCAAACUGUUGAAAAAGCUGGUGAAGCACCAAAUUUUACAAGAUCAUUAUUACCAUUAAAAGCUAAAGAGGGAUCAAAAGUAGUUGUUAGUGUUGAAUUUACUGGUGAUCCAGCACCAACAGUAUCAUGGUAUCGUGAUAGUUUUAUGGUUGAAGAUUCUGAAGAUUUUAAAAUUCAUACAACAGCUACAAAAAGUACACUUACAAUUAAACAUGCUUUUAUUAUUGAUUCAGGCUUAUAUACUGUUAAAUUAUUUAAUCCAAUUGGUAUACGACAAUGUCAAGCUGCUAUACGUAUUAUGCCAAUUAUUGCUGAAGAUCAAACACCAAGAUUUCUUGAUGUUCCACAAGAUACUGAAAUUCUUGCCGGUGAUCCAGUUCGUUUUCAAUGUCGUGUUGAAGGUGAACCAUUUCCAACAGUUGCCUUCUAUCGAGAAGAUGAACCAGUUAAUCUUAAUGACAGACGUUUUCGUGCUAUACAAGAAGCUGAUGUAUUCACAUUACUUCUAUUCGAAGCUUUACCAGCUGAUAGUGGUCAAUAUGAAGCCGUUGCUGAAAAUUCAGCUGGAAAAGCUAAUACUCGUUUUACAUUGAUUGUAACACCACGUGGACCUGGUGGCAAAAAAGCAUCAAUCAUUGAUGAUCCUAAAUUAAUUCAUAAAGUACCUUAUCUAGAAAAACCAUUAGAAGAUUUGCAAGUUAAAGAAGGACAAUCAGCGACAUUUGAAUGUAUUAUACCAGCUAGUUUUGGAUCGGAUGUUAAAUGGUAUAAAGGAACAUCAGAAUGGCCAAUCAAACCAUCGAAAUUCUUUAAACCAAAAUCUGACGGAACGAAACAUCAAUUAUUUAUUCUAGAAGCAUAUGCAGAAGAUGCCGGACACUACAAAUGUGUUGUUUCAAAUCCAGUUGGAACAACAGCUACUACAGCUACAUUGAAAGUUGAUCAUGCAAUGCAAGUACCAGAAUUCGUUCGUGGUUUUAGUAAUUUAACUACAUAUGAAGGUGAACAAGUUCGUUUUGAAGUUGAAGUACGUGGUGAUCCACUUCCGACUCUAUCAUGGUAUCGUGGUGGAGAACUUAUACGAGAUUCACCCGACUUUCAAAUCUUUACUGAACGUAAUCGUAGUUUACUUUAUAUAUCAGAAGUAUUUAUGGAAGAUCAAGGUUUAUUUACAUGUACGGCUUCAAAUUCAGCUGGCUCAUCGGAUUGUUCAGCUCGUCUUAUUGUUGAACCACGACCACAACUUUAA